CGCCUCUACCGUCCCGUACCGCCAUCAUGCACUGCAUCGGUCGUGUCGCACCGGUGAACGUCGCGCCGAUCGCGGCGCCCGGCACGAAGAGGACCGCCCGGAGGACCGCCGCGGCGCGCCAGCUGUGCCGCGCCGGCUCGUCCGAUGAGGACGGCAACGACGACGAUCGGGAGCGACGACCCGCGCAGAUGCCCCGUCGCAAACUAAUCAACCUCGCCGCCGCCACCACCGCGCUGGUGGUGUCCAACAAGGCGAACGCCAACGAGUUCGCGGGCGACGCGGCGAUGGCGAUCAUGAACCGCGUCGGCAAGGUGAAGAUGUCAGACGACGAGUGGAAGGCGAAGCUGAGGGACGAGCCGUACGCGUACGAGGUGCUCAGGCACGAGGCGACCGAGCGUCCGUUCAGCUCCCCGCUCAACACCGAGAAACGAACCGGCACGUUCACAUGCGCCGGAUGUGGCGUCCCGCUGUUCAAAUCGUCCGCCAAGUACGACAGCGGCACGGGAUGGCCGUCCUUCGUGGAGCCCAUCACGCCGGCGGCGGUGACGGAGGUGCCCGACUACUCCAUCAUCUUCCUCCCGCGGACGGAGGUGCGGUGCGCGAACUGCCAGGGUCACCUGGGCCACGUGUUCGACGACGGACCGAGGGACAGGACGGGGCUGAGGUACUGCAUGAACGGGGUGUCCCUCCACUUCGAGCCAGCGGCGGACGCCUGAGAUUGAGUCGAUAUCGACCGUCGCGAUGUGUAAUGUUUGUAUCUUUUCCUUGCU